CGUCACAACGUGCCCCCUUGGAAGUUUGGCAUAUAGACAAGCCCACUGUUGAAGUUCUGAGCGACGCAUUCUAAAUACACCUUGGGCUUUUCAUUGUGGGUCAUGGCGCAACCAAAAUCAACCGGCAACUACACCCAGGGCUACUCCAGCCAGACCGUCGCCACUCAACAAGCUCGUACAGUCGAGUCAGAGGCUGCCUUUCUACUCCCAUAUAUCAAAGAAAGAGACUAUAUUCUCGACGUCGGUUGUGGCCCAGGUACCAUCACCACAGGAUUUGUCAAAUACGCCAGCAAAGGAAAGGCAGUGGGAGUCGAUAUCUCGACCAAUGUCCUUGGCAGGGCCAGAGCAACAGCCGACGAGGCCAAUAUUCCCAAAGAGGGGCCCGGAUCCGUUAUCUUUGAGGAAGGCAAUAUUCUCCAAGGCCUCGCCUACGCAGACAAUACCUUCGACGUAGUAUUCUGCUCUCAAACCCUGGGGUAUAUGCCACUGCCGGAUCCGCCGGUCAAGGCGAUCACCGAGAUGCGAAGAGUCCUGAAACCAGGGGGGAUAUUGGCCACGCGCGAUACCGUCGACCAGCACUUUUACCCACGAAGUUCAGACCUUGACCGUCUCUGGGUGGGAAACUUCCGCCGAGCGGUGCUGAAAGGGGCUCCGGGGGCUGAACUUGCGCCCCCCUCACUGCCUGCGCUGUUCCGUCGUGCCGGUUUCGACGCUGAUGGAGGCAAGGUUCGGAUCGAGACUGGAAGUACGACAUUCUCAGGAGCAGAAACUAGACAGUGGCUUGCCAAGCGGGCCCAGAGUCAAUUGCAGCCCGGCGAUCCCUUAAGGCAGAGUUGGCUGGACGCUGGCAUCACCGACGAGGAGAUACAAGAGACACUGCGUGCCUCAACGCAGUGGGCCGAGACAGAGGAUGCCUGGUUUGCAGCGCUCCAGUGUGAGAUGCUGGCUUGGAAGUAAGCCAAUCACUAUGGGCUUUCCCCGUCGCUUGGACGAUGGACCAAUUCAAACAAGAGAAGUCUAGCCCAACGAUCUCUUGCUCGUGUCCGCUAUCUUUGCGUGCGUCGCUCGAGCUGGUGACCACCCUACAGGCCGG